GACUGGUUUCUCAGGGCGAACGGUAGCGGAUACCCGUCUGUCGCACUCCCCGACCGCUUUCGCACCGGUGCAUUUCUUUUGCACCAGCGGUCGCAGAAACGUCGUUGCUCGUAGCACGGUGCAGAGAGACGCUCCGCGGUGCCGCAGUAUUCGCAAUACGUUGCCAGGAUAUCAUUUAUCUGAGCCUAUAUAUAGAAGAGCGGAUUGUCGAGUGUCGCGCGCUAUUGGUCUCCGGCAUGCCCGUGGCUCUGUACAACCAGUACGGCAGCCCGCCCUGCGCAUUCGUGCGCAUGGUGGCCAGACACCUCGGAGUUGACCUGGAGCUACGGAACCUGGAUAUGUUCAAAGGGGACCACGUGACACCGGAGUAUAUAAAGCUGAACCCUUACCACAAGGCGCCGACCAUAGACGACAGUGGAUUCAUCCUGUAUGAAAGCUCUGCGAUCGCUUACUACCUGAUCAACAAGUAUGCACCGUCAUCAACUCUGUACCCGUCAUGCCCCAAGCUUCGAGCACAGGUGGACCAAGUGCUGGCAACCGUGACCAGCACCAUACAGCCCCACUACUUCGCUUUCUUCAAGCCAAGGUUUUUCGACCUCAAGCAUCCAACGCCAGAGGAAUUCGCAGCUUUCGAAGAAAACGUCCUGGGUGGCCUGCAGAAUCACGUGGGCAAGGACGGCGGCUACGCCGUAGGCGACUCGCUCACUCUAGCGGACCUCACAUUGUUGGCGCACCUCACCCUGUGCCAGGAGCUGCCCGUGCUUCGGAGGGACCGGUUUCCUAGGCUUCGAGCGUUCUACACAAGCGUGAAGACAACGCUUCCUUACUUCGAUGAAAUUAAUAACCAAGGUAUAGACCUGCUGAACGAGCGUCUUGAAGGAUUAAAAUGAAAUGCAACACAUAUGGGGACCAGUUCCUUAGCAUACAGUUCAGCUUGCAAUGAACUCAUUGACAUGAAUGUUUCAUGAUGAAUUGUGAAUGAAACGAGAGGUUAAAGAGAAACUAAGUUUUUAUUACUAAGAUGUACGACAUUUUGGCUGUGCGUGCAUUGUCAUCUUGCUUGCGCAUGCAAAUGCCCCAUGGCAACGCCUGUCGCCCUGCCCUUGUGAUCAAAUACUUGAUUAAACUUCAUAGUUACGCGUCUUCUCGCUUUUCAUCAGCGAAGUCGUCUGCGCAUAUUACUUCUAGGAAGGUAACGUCAGUUGGCCUGUGGUGGCCGAUAAAUAGGGGCACGGAACAUAUAUCUGUGUGCUUUAGUCCAGAAUUGUAGAGCACGGUCACGUCUGGCAGGACUUUAAGUUGCGUGCCUACUUUUUGCUUACUUCCUUAUUCUGCCCAUUUAACAGGUAAGCACACAUUGUGGGUCAACAAACGCUUAGUGGCACCUUUAUCACGCCUAUAAAAACAUAUCUUGAUGUUGAUGGCCUAUAUUGAAUUUCCAUGGCCUAAAGUGCCUUUUCACGCUUUUUUUCCUAGUCUCCAUUUUUAUAUAAUGUUAUAAUCAGGUGGAGUAAUUUGUAACAACAGCCAAUUAAUACCAAAAACAUUUUGCCUGGGUAAAUGCUGUUAUUAACAGCUUUGAAGCAGACUAGAGCCUCACGGUGAGGGGGGUGGGCUCGAACUGCUCUGCACGAAGAUAAACUUGAAGGUGAUUUAGUAUGCUCGUGUGCUCACUUCACGUUUUAGCCGAUGUCGAGAAACUUGAAUCCUUGGGUGCACCCAAGGAUUUUUUUUUAAGGAGGGGGGUAAUCUUCAGUGGAGACGUGGAUGGGGAAUAACCAAUAGAGGGUGCUCUGGACAGGCGAGAUUUUGGUACAAAGUAAUUUCAAGGUGGAAAGGGGGCAGUUCCCCCCUCUCUUUUGUGCGGCUACGAUCCUGUAUGCAACUCUGAGCCAGAAUGUGAGGCUCAUUUUAGCCGUUCAGAAAAUUUUCACUCCCAUUCUCAAUGGACGUGUUGCUGACAGCGUUACGUCAAAACGUCAAUCUGUCUCGGGCAUAAAUUCCACGUUUUUGCUAUUGAAAGAGGUGUGAAUGGUCCUGGCUGGCGAACAUUCUGCAAUUACAGAGGACAUCAGACCAUCGGACGUUCCAAGUACAAAUAUGUGCCGCUAAGUUCGGUGGAAGCCCAGCGUGAAUUUUAUGCUCUCAAACUAAUACGCAGUGAAAGAAGGCGCAACACAAAAUACGGGAAUUUUAAGGUGGUGGUUCUUUCUGCUUUCACAACUUUUCCGGCGGGGUCUAGUGACACAAGAUUUUCAUAAAUCUU